AUGUCGACCAUUACCGCGAACUCGAAGUCCAACAUCGGCGUAUACACGGACACGGAACAUAACUUAUGGGUUGGUGCGGCAGAGCCGAGCGUCGAGGAAAUCGUCAAUGGAGUCCAACUCGAGCAUGGGCAGGCUUUGGUGGAAAUGAAGAGCACGGGUAUUUGUGGUUCUGACGUCCACUUUUGGCAUACCGGACAUAUUGGACCUAUGGUCAUCAAGGACAAGCAGAUACUUGGUCAUGAAUCUGCUGGCCAGAUUGUCGCUGUCCACCCCUCUGUCAAACACCUGAAACCUGGCGACAAAGUCGCCAUCGAACCCAAUAUUCCCUGCCACACGUGCAAACCCUGUCUUUCCGGCGCCUACAAUGGCUGCACCAGUAUCCGCUUCCCCUCAGCGCCACCCGUCCCCGGUUUCCUUCGUCGCUACUUCACCCACCCCGCCAUAUGGUGCCACAAACUCCCCGAGACGAUGUCCUACGAAGACGGCGCGCUCCUCGAACCCCUCUCCGUCGCACUCGGUGCCGUCGAGCGUGCGGACCUCAGACUCGGAGAGAUCGCGGUUGUUUGUGGGGCUGGUCCUAUUGGUCUGAUGACGCUGCUUUGUGCGAAGGCGGCGGGGGCGGAACCGAUUCUUAUUACCGAUAUCGACGAGGGAAGGUUGAAGUUCGCGAAGGAGCUCGUAGAAGGCUUGCCAGGUACAGUGCGCACCUACCAAGUCCCCCGCGAUAAAACCGCCGAAGAAGUCGCCGCUGCGUUCGUCGAAGCCCUCGGCGAAGAACCCGACGUCGUCCUCGAAUGCACAGGGGUCGAGUCCUCCAUUGCUGCUUCGUCUCACGCUGUUCGGUUCCGUGGUCGCGUCUUCGUCGUGGGUGUGGGGAGGAACGAGAUGACGUUUCCGUUCAUGAAGCUUGCGACGAGGGAGGUAGAUUUGAAGUUCCAGCACAGGUAUACGAAUACGUGGCCGAAGGCGAUCAGAUUAGUCAAUGAGGGGGUGUUAGGUAGGGUUAGGAAGUUGGUUACGCAUAGGUUUACUUUGGACGAUGCGAUGAAGGCCUUUGAGACGAGUGCAGAUUACAAGAGCGGGGCGAUCAAGGUGCAGAUUACGAAUCUGUGA